AUGGUUGGGCUGGUGACAGCGGCUAUGGACGGUGGCUAUGGUCGGUGGGCUAUGGUAGCGGAGAACAACAGAUCUGCAAAUUCCGACGGUGGAUCGAGAAGAUUUGGUGGAGGCGCCAGCGGCGGGUGGAGGCAGCGGCGGCGGGUGGAGGCGGUGGCGGCGAGUGGAGGCGGGUGGAAGGCGUGGUGGGGGUUGUACGGGCGGGGCUUUUCAAAGUCAUGGAAUACUUUAAUCUCCGAUCUUGUAUUCAUUCAAACUCAUCUCCAUUCCUUGAAAACCUCCCCGGAUAAUCUCUUUCUAAGUAGAUAUAAAAAGAGCGCCAAUAGCGGGUUUCCUAUGGUUAAAUUCGAAGGUGGAAAAGUCGAUGCCGGAGUAAUAUUCGUGGAGAAUAUUCCCAACAGCUACAACGCAAUACUAUGCGAAUGCAACGGCGUGCUACUCUUGACCAGGUACGAUUACGACGAAUACGCGCUGUGGAAUCCAUCAACUCGUGAGACAUUUCCCAUAAAUUACCAUGGUGAGUUUAGUGGAAGUUACAUUCUGGAUUACGGGGUUUGUUACGACCAAAUAACGGCCGAUUUCAAGGUUGUCUUUGUUUCCCUAACCGAAUACGAAAUCUAUUCGUGUAAUAAAAAUUCUUGGACGAAGAAGAAUUUCAGAACGGACUACUAUAACGUUGCUGGUACGGGUUCGGGUAUAUUCCUCGAUGGAGCUACCUACUGGAUUUUCGGGGAGGGCAGUCAUACUUCAGGUAUACAGUUAGUGUAUUUCGAUCCAAGAACCGACGAGAUCAAGAGGUUGCAAAAGCCCAAACAACUAAGUGACGACGACAAAUAUCAGUUGAUUCGCAUGGAUACUUUUAGAGGAAGCCUAUGUUUGUACUGCUACAACAAUCAAGAGGAAAGUGUUCAAAUAUGGAUUAAAGAAAAGGGAAUCGAUUUAGGGUAUACUAAUUGGAAGGAGUUUAUAACCGUUAGGGAUUUUAAGCCUCCGUAUAUGUGGACCCCACUAUGUUUCGUGGAAAAUAAGGUUGUCAUUCAAGAAGAGCGUAACAAGUUUGUGUGCUAUAGCACUAAUGAGAAAACGGUUGAAGAGUGCUUUGUAGACAUUGAUGGUAAAAAGGACUUGUAG